UGUACCGGAAGACGUACAUACAUGUGGAGCACACAUCUCCCAAGGUUAUUACGUGCUGGUAGAAAAGUAACGUUUCGUAACAUGUCGUCCAGUGCAUGUCUAAAGAAUGUGCUGAUAUACAGAGGAGAGGGUGCUAAAGAGGAAAAUGUUGAGCAACUGUUGAAACAAAUAUCAAAAUAUGUAUCACCAGAUAAGUACAAAGUCAGGACCAUUUCUGCUGAAGAAACCAAACAAGGAGCUUGGACAUCAACCACAGCUUUAUAUGUGAUAGGAGGAGGGUAUGAUCUGGGUUUCAUUAGAGCACUUGGAGAUGAGGGUACGCUGAAAAUUCGUGAUUAUGUACGGGCUGGUGGCAGAUAUCUAGGUAUUUGUGCUGGGGCUUACUUUGCAUGUAACAGCAUAGAGUUUGACAAAGAUGGCCCACAGCAGGUGUGUGGAGACAGAAUACUUAAGUUUUUCCCAGGUGUAUGUGUUGGCCCUGUCCAUGGCCCCUACAACUACAAUAUCAAGAUCAGUGCCAGAGCAGUUCCAGUUGAAUUCUCAGACCCUUACUGGAGCCCUAAACAGAGCAUCUCCUUGCUUGGUUACUAUAAUGGUGGCGGGAUGUUUCUGCCACAGGAGUUGUUCAACAGUAGUAAAAUUACUAGAGACUCGGAAAGCUACGACCAAGACCUUAGUGGUGAGGAUGACAAAAUUCGUCAAGAGGCCAAGGACAGCGUGUUGGGUGUACUGGAAACGAAAACAGAAGUAAAACAAGAUGAAAGCUUUAAUUACAAACAAUGCGGAACUGUAGAGAAUAUUCUUUGUCAUUUUUCCGAGGUCAAAGGUCAGCCGUUAGGGGCCAUAACAUGUAAGGUUGGUGAUGGAUUGGCAGUAUUGUCGGCCUUACACCUGGAGGUGGACAGUCAGAGUCUGGACGAACAGGACAAAUUCUUACAGCCCAUUAUCUCAGAGCUGACGCCGUAUGAGGGGCAACGAGAGAGGUGUUUUGGAUCUCUCUUACAUCAUGCUGGACUGGACAUUUUGAUAUGUUGAAACAGGAAGGACCGAAAUAAAUGAGAGUUGCAAUCUACAUUUACUACUGAUGUGUUCCAAUAUUGUUACUCACUUUGAUGUAGUUGUUGAACCUUUGUAAUUAACUGGAUUGUAUACAGUGGUUAAUGAGUAUUGAAUGUGACAUUGUAAUGUCUUGAUAUGGCAUUUAUGGUUGCUAAAAAUGACACAGCUUUGCAGGCUAAUGUCAUAAUGUAUGCUUGCACAAAAUGCAAAAAUAGUCAGGAAUUAGUUUAUAAUCCUACAUUGCAAUGUACUUGAUCAUUUCAUGUUUAUGUCUUAUCAGUUUACCCAAUGCCUGUGUCUGAACUUGUCCUACAACAUUAGCUUUUGGGAUAUCUGUGGACAGUCAUGAUACAUUUUGAAUGUUGUUGGGAAGCAAAACAUUAGAUAGAAAACACAAAAGCUUUGGGCAAUUAUAGUGUGGGAGUGGAUUGAAAAACUACUACCUUUGUUUUUGAAAGAGUCUGCCUAAAGUAUGAAUAAAUAAGGAACUGUUUUGAAAACAACAACAUGUAUAUUAUCAUGUGCAAUUGUUUAUUUCUUUUUCUGUUUAAUCUACAACAAUAAUACAUAGGUAAGCAAGUGAUGAUAAUUAUAACUGGCAACAGAAGAUAUGUUAAAAUGAAUCUGUGUACAGAUACUUUAACACCAACUGUGGUUGGUACAAAUGUAUGCAGUACAAAAGGAUGUGAUUACUUUCUAUUUCAGAUUUUUGAGCAAAACACAUCAGCCUUUAUAGAGGCUUUCAGCAGUGAAAUAUUUUAUUUCAUAUUGUCUUCAUCAUGUCAUUCCUUAUACAUAUAUGUAAUUCUAUAUUUAUUGAAAAUUAUUGAUGAAUUAGUUUUAAAAAAUGUUAAUGAAUUGGAAUGUGUACUGGUAUAUGACAUGUUAUCAUUUGAAAAUAAAAUUAAAAGAAUAAGGUAAUGCUUACA